GAAGCUGUUUAACAACAUACAGCAACACCACACAAGAUCUUAGAACAGGCAGUGAAGAAGAAGAUUGUGGAACUACAGGGGGAGCUUUAGUUCUCUGGAAAUGCCCCAGAAGGAUCCUUGCCAGAAACAAGCCUGUGAAAUACAGAAAUGCUUGCAAGCCAACAACUAUGUGGCAUCUAAAUGCGAGGCUGUGCUCCAAGAGAUGCGAAGGUGCUGCGCCCGGUACCCCAAAGGCAGAUCCAUCUGCUGUUCAGGGUUUGAGAAAGAGGAAAGAGAGGGGGAGAAAUUGAAAGUGGCUUCAGAUGGAAUUCACACAGCACAGCAGUGAAAAACUGCAGCUCCAUCUCUGGCAGGCUAUGGUGCAUGGUCCUGCGAGUGACAAAUACAAAUAAACCUUCCAAGCUAAAUGAUGUUUGUUGAGGCUGGAGUGGAAGCUACUUCAAGGAAUACAGCUGAUAAUGCUUUCUCCAGAUUUAUAAGGAAAUAAGAGCCAGCCACAGAAUAAAACAUGCUGUGCAGAAACAAGUAAAAUGCAAUAUGCCAUAGCUUAUUUAAAAGGUUCUCCACCUUCUGGACCAAUGUAUCAACUGUGUUAUUUUAGAGAGCAUUGUAUGUGUGUGAAAACUGAUUAUUUUUAUGCUUAAUAUACUGUAUUCCAUCAUCAAAGAGAGAAUGAAAUCUAAACCUCAGCCAGGGUUUUGCCAUCGGAUGUCCGCAAAAUAACUUCAAAAGCAUUGGUUAAAUGUGCUGCAUAAAACAAGUCCAUCUUCAAGCAGAAAAAAAAAGGCUGGAUAGUAGUGUCUAGAGGACAAUUACUUUUUUUUAGGUGAUUUAAGGUCAAGUAUGGGAAUCAGAUCUGGGUUUUCUUCCUAGGUCUGACAUGAUCCCUGCAUGUGCCCAUAAGUCACUUCACCUAUGUGCCUCAAUGCCCGCAUUAUUAAAUGGGAUGUUAAUUACUUUUUGGAUCACAUUGCACAACUUUGCAUGACAGUAAGGAUGUUGCAGAAACAUGUUAUUUCAGGGAUUGUUACAAGACUAGGGAUUUUUUUAAAAAAAGCAAUAGUCACUUUAUAGAAAACAGGAGAGUUGGUAGAAAGUGGACUGUAGAUAGCUGAGUGUAAAACACAUCAUCACUGAACAAACACCUCUUAAGCAGUGCAAUAUGCAAUGAAUUGCAGUGACUGCAGAACCCCUCUUCCCCAAAUUCCAUCAUACAGUCCAAUAAAGGAUUUGGGUAGAACUGGGGUGCCUAAAUCCAAAAAUCAGAAUGCUACAUCAAAUCAGGAGCCCUUCUUCUGUUUGACAGCAAAGUUCCUGGGCACUAGAGUUCUGCUUCUGUGCAUGCCCAGAAAUGUCUAAAUCUGAGCCACUCAAUGUCCAUCUCCCACCCAUGCUUGUUCAGAAGCUGGGGACUAAGCACUUCUUCAUCUGAGCCUCGGUAGGGUUUUGAUCCAAUAGUUGUUAGCACAGCUAAUACUGACAGGUUUGGGAUCCCUAUAAUGUGCAGUUUGGGGCACUUUUAAGAUAUGGCAGAAAGACAGCUGUGCCCACUUCUUAUACAUCCUCAUGUUGAAGGUUGUUGGGCAGGAGGUGGGACACCCAGGUGUAGUGUAAGGGGUUCAAGCCCACAUCUCCCACUUCCCAGGGGAGUCAUUAACUACAAGGUUCUUGAUUAUUCUGGGUGAGCGUAUUGGUAUUCUCCACUCCUCCUGUUGGAGCUGGGCCACCGUGCAGCAAAGAAUUCAAGGCUAACUCUAAGUAUCAUUGCUGCUCUGAGGCACCUGCUGCUCCACUUUUGCUGUACAGAAAGCCUAAGCAUUUAACUCAGGGUUUUGGAUUCCUCUGUUGAGGCCUAGCACCUAAAAGUGAGGGUGUAGCAGCAUCCUGCUUGCAGGCACUUAAGUGCUGCGAUCCAGUAUGACUUGAAUAUAAAAUCUAAGUUAUAUAUGACCUGUUUAUUGUUCUUUCUACUUGUGGAUAUAACACGGGUGUAUCAAAGUGUGAAAGAGGCAGAUCUCUUUGUAUUCACUACAAACAAUGCCACAAUACAAAAUAAAUUCCUGGAGCAAGCCAA